ACGGAAGACCCGGAGUUCACAGAGCAGAUCGAGAACAUCACAGUGCCGGCGGGCCGAAACGUGAAGCUGGCGUGCUCCGUCAAGAACCUCGGCACCUACAAGGUGGCGUGGAUGCACUUCGAGCAGUCGGCGAUCCUGACGGUGCACAACCACGUGAUCACGAGGAACCCGCGCAUCUCCGUGACGCACGACAAGCACCGCACGUGGUUCCUGCACAUCAGCAACGUGCAGGAGGAGGACAAGGGCCGCUACAUGUGCCAGAUCAACACCGUCACCGCCAAGACGCAGUUCGGCUACCUGCACGUCGUCGUGCCGCCGAACAUCGACGACUCGCUGAGCAGCUCUGACGUGAUCGUCCGCGAGGGCGCUGACGUCACCCUGACGUGCCACGCCAGCGGGUCGCCGCCGCCCAGCGUGAAGUGGAAGCGCGACGACGGCUCCAAGAUCGCCAUCAACAAGUCGCUCUCCGUGCUGGAGUGGGAGGGGGAGGUGCUGGAGCUGACGCGCAUCUCUCGCCUGGACAUGGGCGCCUACCUGUGCAUCGCGUCCAACGGCGUGCCGCCCACCGUCAGCAAGAGGAUCAAAGUCAGCGUGGACUUCCCGCCGAUGCUGUGGAUCCCGCACCAGCUGGUGGGCGCGCCCCUGGGCUACAGCGUGACGCUGGAGUGCUUCACCGAGGCGCACCCCACCUCGCUCAACUACUGGACUCGCGAGGACGGCAACAUGAUCCACGACUCGGCGGGCAAGUACAGCAUCUCCAACACGGCCGGGUCGCCCGCCUACAAGACGCACAUGCGGCUCUCCAUCAUGAACAUCCGCGAGGCCGACUACGGCACGUACAAGUGCGUCGCCAAGAACCCUCGCGGCGAGACGGACGGCACCAUCCGGCUAUACACAUCCGCGCCGCCGUCGACAACGCCCGGGCCGAGCACGACCGAUGCGGCGGCGUCGCGGCGUCACCCAGAUGACGGGUUGGACCCAUCCGGCAAUGACGUGAACAACUCAGUGUACAGCUCCCUCAGCGGGCAUUACUCGGACAAAGGCUCCAAGUACCAGUCGAAUCUCAACGAGAUCGAUAAGUCGGAGCAGAAGUCACCUCCUGAGGCAUCUGGCAAAGGGAUGCACCGCGACUGGUUGAAACCGGAGCUCACCGCAGCUGGUAGCAGCGCGGCGAACUGCGCCGUGUUGCUGGUGGUGGCAGCGGCGGCCGCUUCCGUCGCAGCGUUCGCCCUGCACAGAUAAGGAAGACCAGCCUCAGAACAGCACCCCCACUGGUGGAUUUUGCGGUUAACAGUAACGGACAGCGUGAAAACUACACGAGAACUGGGAACCACGACAGCAGCAACAAGACUGAUCGAGCUUUUCCGAGAGUAGCGCCGGAAUCAUCAACUCAGGACUAAACUCUCUCACACCAGUCACCCCCAACCCCCAUCCCCACAACCCCGUGACGUUAGCAGUGGUGACGCGUGUCCUCCAGUGACGACGCACGCAGGAUGCAGAAGACCGCGUGACGAAGCUGGACAUCAACCCGGCUGUGUCUCCUGGAACUUGUGCCCUGUGUUGCUCAUUGCCCAGACAUUUGGACCCGACGUAGCUGUGUUUGUGUGCCCCGUAUUGCUCCUCUGCUUUGUAGGAUUCCGCGUGUACACGGCUGAGAGUAAUGUAAAAAUUCGUUCCCUAACCUAUCGGCUACACAGAUGCUUCCUUGCCGGCACUCCAGACCCUAUCUCCCUGCCAUUUAAAACGAACUUUGGCUGCUACAGUGACUGUAUCUACUGGAACUAUUAUGUCUAGGUGUACAGUCUACGCUCAUUUAGUGGCGCUUCAGUUACUAGGAAGAUUUCGUGUCACAGAAACUAUCCACCUACUGGAGUUACGAUGGUUAUAUUUUAUGGUGAAAGAAACACAUAAUGACUUACACUACGGGCAAGUAAUCUCAUUGCAAAUAUCCAACUUCGACUAUAAAAUUCCCAGCUUUGAAGGUUGAACAAAGAGCAAUCUGUUUUCCUGACAAGAUAUACAAGGCAGUGUUUCAAACAACUAUUAAUGUAUGUAUGUUAAUUGGUAAACUGGCAUCACAUUUGGCAGUGUCAGUGACUGGUUGGAAGUCAUUACUGUACGACUAUAAUACUGCUUUUUGGAGACGCUGCAGUAUGAUAGCUGUAGAUAAAUCAUUCAGUCUCAGCAAUUAAGUAUAAUGUUUAUACAAUUUUAGUGUCGUUUAAAUGUUUCCAACGAGUGGCCUACCUUAAUGAAUCAUAAAUUGUUGUAUCAAUAUUUGUAACGAUGUCUGCUACGCUUGUUCCCGUUUCAGUAUGAUAGGUUUUCUAAAUGCUGUCAAUACAAGCCGUCUUUUCUGAUGACUUUAGGACAUUACGCGUUGAUGUAGCAAUUCCCAUUAUACCGUCAUUGUAGUAGUCGUGAAUUGUUGGUUCCGUACUUGAGUUGUCGUGUGCGCUACACUUUAUUUUACUACAGUGUUGAUCACUUUCUUUGUGUAAGCAAUUCCUCGCUGCCAGAAUUGGUGGCUAACGGCCUCAGGUUGCUGCAGGGCAACGUUUAGAAAUUAAAAUAAAUUUGCCAGAGGGAAGAAUUUGCCAAUUAAAUUAUGAGCGCUGGACUCAUUACAGUCUAAUACUGUGCCUGCCGGAUGUCGAAUUAACGAAAGUUUUUUGCACAGUGAGGAUUUCUGAUGAACACAGCCAACUCACUCUCGCUGGUGUCAGUCUCUCGUUACCUCGUUAUCUGUGCUACCUUCUAUCACACCGCUGGAAACAUACUUCGAAAAACAGAUAGAAACGCUGCCACCAGUGAUACCUCAGUCACAUUUUAAUAGAAGCGUAUAAAUGAUUUCUUCACAUCACUUUAGUUGUGCUUGUAGUAUACAGGAAUACAAAAGCGGUUCGUCCUCUUAAAUCAAAUACACCAACAUGACCACAAGAUCAACGCCUGUAUCAUCACUUCUGUAUCAUUGCCUCUGAAAAUCAUUCUCUUCCCGUUAAGCAACUAUGUAGGUUCGCAAACAGACCCGUAAUUCUGAUGUCCACUAUACCACAUGGCCUACUCUUAGGAAGUCUUUCCCACGUAAAACUUAUGCAAGGGCAUGACGAAGAUAGUAGGUAACACGUUGUCGCGCUGUUAAGCUUUUUCACUCGUCACUUGCAGAUGAUCUUCUGGAAAUAUCAAUUCGUAUAUUUCUCUGUGAACUAGAAAUUUCCACUUAUACUUCUCAUUAUGCAUAUCUCUAUCUCAAAUAUGAAUGACAGAUGUGUAACUUUUUGAAAGUGAGAAAAACUGUGAUCAUUCGAAAUGGAUAUAGAAACCAAAGGUGGCGUGGCUGA